CCUCUUUCUUUCCUCUUGCUCUUGCUCUCACUCUAAUUCUCUCUCUCUCUCUCUCUCUUUCCAUCUUCCAUUUCUAAACCAAGUAGAGGAAUAGUUGGUCUCAUUGUUAGUGGCUUAAAAUGGUGCUUUUGAACAAGAGGAUGCUGGGUGUUUUCGGUGACUAGUACCAUUCCCACCUUCUUUCCUUUGGAAUCUCUGAGCUACGAUUUACCAGCUCCCUCUUUUAUUCUCAUGGCUACUGAAGCUAUACAAUUGCUCUCUUUUCUAGGUCCUUAAGCCGUUCGCUAAUGUUACUUUCUGAGCGUUUCCAAAGCUGUGGUUCUAGGGGAGUUAGGCGCGCCUGAACAGCUGAUCCAUGAAAUAAUGGAGUAGGGCAGGCGGGGUGGAGAGCAGGGCCAGCUAUCAAUAGGAGAGUGACCCCCUCUCCACACAUGACCAGCUAAUUGGCCAUUGUGGGAAAGUAUGUGUGUGUGAGUGAGUGUGUGUGUGUGUGUGUGUGUGUGUGUGUGUGUGUGUGUGUGCGCGCGCACAUCUGCUGAGAAUCUCUAGUGACAGGUGGCCUUUGUGGACAGAACAACUUUUGUUGGAUUUUAGCUCAGAUUCUUAACUCCUUCAGAUUUUGUUAGAUCCAUCCUGUGUCAUUCAGGUCCCAUCUUUUGCUUCCUUCUUUCAAGACGACUACUUUGUGUAUUGGCCUCUGCUUUAUUCACACUGUUCCCAAGCCAUAAGGAGACUGAGGGGGGCGUCAGCAGGCCGGAGAAGUGGACUUGGCUGUCUGUUGGAAACUGUACAAAAGACUUGCAUGUCCUGCAGAAUUGUCUCAGUAGAGUGAUGACUGCCUGCUGACAGAGACGAGGGGUCCUGACUGAAGUUCUUCUCGUGUACAAUAUACAUUCCCUCUGCCACACUCUCCCUUUGUUUUCCCUGUUGCAACAGGAGUACAGACCUGUGAUUAAGGGCUAAUGCCUUUGGAAUAAUGAGACAUGUCUCGGGCUGCACCAAGCCAAUUCAUCCAGGUUGUCUCCUCUCAUACCCCAGGCCUCCUGUGAGGUAGGGAGGGAAGGAAGGUAUUUCCAACACCACCUGACUGGCCCAGUCUGCUGGCCUUUAGGUGAUGUUCUGUCGUGAGGCCUAGGCCAUGCCCAAGCUGGAGGGAAGCCCCUGAAACUUGUCUGGAGGAGGAAGCAUGCAGGGCACCCAAGGAGGAGGCAUAGGCCCUGGGCUAUCCCCUGUGGACAGAAGGACACUUCUGUUCUGCAACUUUAUCCUGGCUGUAGCUUGGGGCCAAGUGAAUUUCACAGGAGACCAGGUUCUUCGAGUCCUGGCCAAAAAUGAGAAGCAGCUGUCACUUCUCAGGGAUCUGGAGAUCCAGAAGCCCCAGAAGGUGGACUUCUGGCGUGGCCCAGCCAGACCUAGCCUCCCUGUGGACAUGAGAGUUCCCUUCUCUGAACUGCCCAGCGUUAAAGCUUAUUUGAAGUCUCACGGCCUUGCCUACAGCGUCAUGAUAAAGGAUAUCCAGGUGCUACUGGAUGAAGAGAGAGAUGCCAUGGCAAGGUCCCGCAGGCUGGAACGCAGUACCAACGGCUUCAGCUAUUCCUCUUAUCACACUCUGGAGGAGAUAUAUAAUUGGAUCGACAACUUUGUAGCUGAACAUUCUAAUCUUGUCUCCAAAAUUCACAUUGGCAAGAGCUUUGAAAAUCGGUCCAUUCUUGUCCUGAAGUUCAGCACUGGAGGUCCAAAUCGCACAGCCAUCUGGAUUGACACUGGGAUUCAUUCCCGAGAGUGGAUCACUCAUGCCACUGGCAUCUGGAUCUCGCAGAAGCAUGGUAAGCUGGAGAUCCCCAAUAGUGCUCAUCUGAAGUUUGUAUUUGGGGCAGAGAAAUGUCUUGGUGGCCUCUGGAGCUGGCUUCUUCAGGAGCUUUCUUCAGAGAACCUGGCUGGCAAAAAGGGGGUUGUCGAGAAUCGCUUGUGGCGGAAAAACAAGUCAAUUCAACCCGGCAUCGUCUGCGUUGGUGUGGACCUCAACAGGAAUUGGAGGACAGGCUUCGGAGGAAAUGGUUCUAACAAAAACCCCUGCUCAGAGACUUACCGAGGGCCGGCUCCCGAGUCAGAGCCAGAGGUAGCUGCGAUUGUGGCCUUCAUCACGGGUCACGGGAACUUCAAAGCUAUGAUCUCCAUUCACAGCUACUCUCAGAUGGUCAUGUACCCGUAUGGCCAUUCUCUGGAGCCUGUGCCCAACCAUAAAGAACUGUUCGAGCUUGCCAAGGAUGCAGUAAAGGCUCUCUACAAGGUGCACGGGAUGGAGUACAUUUUUGGCAGCAUCAGUACCACCCUCUGCACUUUUUGGCCCUUUUCUUUUUAGAUUCAGCCAGCGGGAUCACGGUGGACUGGGCUUAUGACAGUGGCAUCAAGUAUGCCUUCAGCUUCGAACUCCGGGACACUGGACAAUAUGGUUUCCUGCUCCCAGCCUCACAGAUUGUUCCCACAGCCGAGGAGACAUGGAUGGCACUACGGACCAUUAUGAAACACACCCUGAAUCACCCCUAUUAGCCACGCUACUCGGGCCAGAGCAGUUGGGGUUCACCCCUUUCCCUGAAAGUCCUCCUAUAUUAAGUAUCCCUUCCCAACCUGACAUUAGACCCCCAGCAAAUACAAGCAACUUUGAACAGGCCUCGCUGCCCUAGUGUGGGCUGCUGACUCUUCUGGAUGCUUAGGCAUCCUCAGGGCAGCUCGUCAUGUCUGGGAUGCACCCCCGUCCCUGUUGCUUUCAGGAAACCAUGAGGUUUGAGCUCCGCCUGUCCCUCUCUUUGCUCCCUGGGAACAGCCAAUGUAUAUGUUGCCCUAGCAGUUUUUGACAUUUUAAUAAAUCCAGAGGGGACUGGGCUUGAUUUAAACAACA